AUGAUAUCUUUCGGUGACCUUUAUGCUUCAGAAUCAAAUUCGCCUUCAGGCAGUACCCCAGCUUUACCUAUGCCAUUAGAGGACUACACCCGUUUUGGUCGUCAGAUGAUCUUAUCUAGUGUUGGUUUAUCCGGACAAUUGAACCUACGAAAUGCAUCAGUUAUGGUGAUUGGUGCUGGCGGACUAGGAUGUCCUGCCUUACUCUAUCUUGCUCGGGCUGGCGUAGGUAGGAUCGCUAUUGUAGAUCAUGAUCAAGUGGAGGUCUCGAACUUACAUCGUCAGGUUUUGCAUACCAACUUAACAGUUGGUAUGAACAAAGCUGACGGAGCUUCUUCCGGUAUUAAGAUUGACGUCUAUCCAGUCCGUUUCUCAGCCGAAACUCUCACGACUAAUCAAGGAUCCUUACCACCCUUAAGCGAGUUUUCGAUUUUAUUGGAUUGUACGGAUAACGCCGAUACCCGAUACUUAAUCUCAGAUGCUUGUGCAGCUUCCGGUCUCACGCUUGUUUCUGGAGCAGCAAUCCGAACCGAGGGACAAUUAUCAGUUUGGAAUUUACCUAUACCGGACACUCAGAGAGGGCCUUGCUAUCGUUGUAUCUUUCCUGAACCUAUUGAAAGCCGUCUAGAGCAGAGAUGUGAAGAUGAAGGAGUAUUAGGACCGAUUGUGGGAUUGGUAGGGGUAUUGAUGGCAUUAGAAACUAUUCGAUUAUUGAUCGGUACUCAUGGUUCGUCCUCAUUACACUCUAAAUUACUCUUGGUCCCAUCCUUUCGAACAAUCAAACUACGUAAAGCUCAAGUCAAUUGUCGAGGAUGUAGUCCAACAGCUCAACUUGAAUUUCGCAAUAAAUUAAACCAAUCUAUAUCUUCAACACACCAGCCUAAAACCUGUGGAAGAUCCGCUUUACCAGAUGGUACAGUUCGUUGUUUCGAACGUGUCUCUGCAGAUGUAAGCAAGCUCUUGUCUUUCUGA